CUACAAUUUGCUUGACGUUUGUUUGUUUAUGUGUUGAUCACCGACCCAGUUCCUAAAAACGAAAACGACAAUAGUAAUUAUCUACGGUGUUUUAAUACGACAUUCAACAAACAAUGGGUGGCUGCCGGUGCACCUUCCGCCAGUGUGAAAACAGCAGCAGCAGCAAGCCGGGGAUGCACUUUUUCCACUUCCCCAUUCGGGACUGGCCGCGGCUGGAAACUUGGGCCCAGAACGCAAGCAAGACCGACUUCAUGACGCUUCCGCUGAGUAAGCUGAAAAACAAGGUCGUCUGCCAGGACCACUUCGAGAAUCGGAUGUUCAUGAACUAUCUCAAGGAAGGCCUGGUGAAGACUGCCGUUCCGACGUUGGAUAUCCUGCAGGACGGAUCCGUUCUGAACGUGGAAACGAAUGAGGCCAGCGAACGGGAAGAAUGGAUUGUACCGGAGAAGGAUAGCAACGGCACGGCGGAGGCGGCACCGAUGGAACCCGAGACCACUCGGAUGGAGAUUCAGUUUGUUGAUUCGGAGCAUGAAGAGUUCAACAUAACGCCGGUCGUAAGUCCACCGCCUCAGCCCAAAAUCCUGAACAAAACUUCCGAUACGCUCUCAGUGCGACUCCUAUCGAGGAACACUAAUGAGCCCAUGGCAACUCCAUCGGCUUCCGCUUCACCCGUCGUUCUGCGGAAAGUGAUGGUCAAACGCAAACGGAGACCUUCGUCAGACGAUUCAUCAGGCAAAUCCAAAAUGCAGAUUGUUUCCAUCCAACGCUUGCCAAAGAUCGAAGCACCUGUGGCCGCCGAAGAAGUUCCAUCAGUGGCAACACCCUCCUCGUCGACGGAUGUCACAACCGAAGUUCCUGCUCCCGAGAAUCAGGUUCAGUCAGCCAAUGCAGCGGCAGCAGCAGCACCACCUUUGCCCGCAGUUCCAACGGUCAAGGUCAUCACCGACCCGGCCUAUAUCGAAAAGUUGGAUCAAACGUCCGCUCAGAUAGCGGAGGUGAAACAAAUGCUCACCGAUGUCCUGAACAGACCCAUUCCGGAACCGAAGGUGAUAACCGUUCCGGUGCCAACGCCACCCGCGCCGCCAGUUGCUCCUAAGCCCGAGCUCCCCGCUGAGGAAGGGCCAUCCAAGCUGCUGGAGAAGGGACCGUACAUGAACAAGGUGCAGCUCUUCAACGGAAUCAAACGGUAUCUGAAUCCGACGAUGGUGGCACUGUUGCGCAUGGAACUGUUCGCCGGGGCACCGGAACGACAGUGGAAGGCGGACGAAAAGACGCUAGCGGUGGAGCUGGUCAACUUGGGAGAGAACGUUUACACGCAUUUCCUGGACGAGUUCCGGUUUCGGCUGCCACCGAAGAAGGACGUCCUCAAGUGGAAGGAGCAAGCGCUGGACGAUGACGACGAUGCUUCGUGAGGUGUUAGGGGUAAGUGACUUAGGAUAUAUCGUGACAAAUUCGCAUUUCAUUCGCAUGUAUCGAGAUCUUUGAUAAAUUUAAGUUUUUCAAAUGAGA